AUGGAUGGGCCUUAUGGAGCCGGAAACCAGGACUGGGGAAAUUAUGAGACAUGCAUCAUGAUCGGAGCUGGAAUUGGCGUUACUCCGUAUGCAUCGAUAUUGCUGGACGCUGUUCACGCCAUGAAUGGCAAUGGAUAUUCAGACGCGAUAUGUAAAAAGAUUUAUUUCGUAUGGAUUUGCCCAACAUAUAAACAUUACGACUGGUUUGUAGAAGUUCUUCGAAAGGCAGAGGAAGCAGACCACAAGAACACUUUGGAGAUGCAUGUGUUUGUCACACAGUAUUUUCACAAGUACGACUUGAGAACUACUAUGUUGUACAUAUGCGAGAAGCAUUUUCGAGUACAACAGGGAUGCAGCAUGUUCACUAACUUAAAAGCAACUAACCAUUUUGGAAGACCAAAUGUCAGCCCAUUGCUGAGAUAUUUCAGGGACAGGCAUCAGAAGAUCGAAAGGAUCGGCGUGUUCAGUUGCGGUCCAAGGAGCGUGAACAAAUCUGUUCAUGAAGCAUGUGACGAAGUGAACAGCGAUCGCAAGGUGCCACAUCUAGUACACAAAUACGAGACUUUCUAA